CGCCGCUCGUCGCUCGCCGGCCGGCGGCCUCGCGCGGCCCUCAGCUCCUGGCGGCGGCGGCGGCCGGGCCCCUCGCAGGCCCAUGGCGGCGGCGGCGGCCGCGGCGCUCCCGGGAGCGGGCGGCCCUCCGGUGGGCGGCGGGGCCGGGGGCGGCGGCUCCCCAGCGGGCGGCUGGGCCGUGGCGCGACUCGAGGGCCGCGAGUUCGAGUACCUGAUGAAGAAGCGCUCGGUGACCAUCGGGCGCAACUCGUCGCAGGGCUCGGUGGACGUGAGUAUGGGCCACUCGAGCUUCAUCUCGCGGCGCCACCUGGAGAUCUUCACGCCCCCGGGCGGCAGCGGCCAUGGCGGAGCCGCCCCCGAGCCGCCCGCGCAGCCCGGGCCCGACGCCGGCGGCGACUUCUACCUGCGCUGCCUCGGCAAGAACGGCGUGUUUGUGGACGGCGUGUUCCAGAGGCGCGGGGCGCCGCCGCUGCAGCUGCCGCGCGUGUGCACCUUCAGGUUCCCGAGCACAAACAUCAAGAUCACGUUCACUGCCCUGUCCAGUGAGAAGAGGGAGAAGCAGGAGGCACCCGAGUCUCCAGUGAAGCCCGUGCAGGCCCACAUCUCACCCCUGACCAUCAACAUUCCAGACACCAUGGCCCACCUCAUCAGCCCCCUCCCCUCCCCUACAGGAACCAUCAGUGCUGCAAAUUCCUGCCCAUCCAGCCCCCGGGGAGCAGGGUCUUCAGGGUACAAAAUGGGCCGUGUGAUACCAUCUGACCUCAAUUUAAUGGCUGACAACUCACAGCCAGAAAAUGAAAAGGAGGCAUCAGGUGGAGACAGCCCAAAGGAUGAUUCAAAGCCACCUUAUUCCUAUGCACAAUUAAUUGUACAAGCAAUUACAAUGGCUCCUGAUAAACAGCUAACCCUCAAUGGCAUCUAUACGCACAUCACUAAAAAUUAUCCGUACUACCGGACUGCGGACAAGGGCUGGCAGAAUUCAAUUCGCCACAAUCUCUCUCUGAAUCGUUAUUUCAUCAAAGUACCACGUUCCCAGGAAGAACCAGGCAAAGGCUCAUUCUGGAGGAUAGAUCCUGCCUCUGAAAGCAAAUUGAUAGAGCAGGCUUUUAGGAAAAGACGGCCUAGGGGCGUGCCUUGCUUUAGAACCCCUCUGGGACCGCUCUCGUCUAGAAGUGCCCCAGCCUCUCCCAACCACGCUGGAGUACUGUCCGCUCACUCUAGUGGUGCCCAGACCCCUGAGAGCCUGUCGAGAGAAGGUUCACCAGCCCCCCUGGAGCCUGAGCCCGGCGCCUCACAACCUAAACUUGCUGUCAUCCAGGAGGCACGGUUUGCCCAGAGUGCCCCAGGCUCUCCGAUGGCCAGUCAGCCUGUGUUAAUUGCGGUGCAACGGCAGCUGCCACCGACCAUCAAGCCUGUCACCUACACCGUUGCUGCCCCUGUGACCACCUCCACCUCCCAGCAGCCUGUGGUGCAGACAGUCCAUGUCGUCCACCAGAUCCCCGCAGUGGCUGUUACUAGCGUGGCCGGAUUGGCUCCAGCAAACACAUACACUGUCUCUGGGCAGGCAGUGGUGACCCAAGCAGCUGUGCUGGCCCCUCCCAAAGCAGAACCACAAGAGAAUGGAGAUCACAGGGAAGUCAAAGUGAAAGUAGAACCUAUUCCAGCGAUUAGCCAUGCCACUCUAGGUGCUGCCAGCCGCAUCAUUCAGACAUCACAGACCACCCCUGUCCAGACGGUAACCAUAGUACAGCAGGCGCCACUUGGACAGCACCAGCUACCAAUAAAAACUGUCACACAAAACGGGACUCACGUGGUGCCAAUCCCUGCUGCUGUCCACAGCCAGGUGAACAAUGCAGCAGCGGCAAGCCCUCUGCACAUGCUGGCGACACACGCAUCUGCCUCAGCCUCCCUGCCCACAAAGCGCCAGAAUGGCGACCAGUCCGAGCAGCCAGAGCUGAAGCGGGUUAAGACGGAAGAUGGCGAGAGCAUUGUUAUUGCCCUGAGUGUGGACACUCCACCAACAGCCAUGAGGGAGAAGGGCAUCCAAAACUAGCGACUGGGAAGUCUUUUCUUUCUUAAGAAUCUCAACUUUGUGGUGCCAAAAGGAGUCAUUGCCUCUCACCGAUGCUUGGAGCAGAUUCUCUCGGUGGGUAGAGGGCCCUGUGGUUGGACUUCACCUCAGCACUGAAAACGCAAAACCCAGGUGGCCUUAAAACUCCUUAAAGACAGAAGUCACACCUGAACAAAACCACACACAGCAAAACCUGGUCCUGGAGACAGUCCCCGCCCAACACUCAGCUUUUAACUCCUAGCAGGGAUACACCGGAGCCCACACAUCUGCCGGGACUGGGCCCUACUGUCCUCAGAGGACCCACGGGCUGGAACCGGGAAACGAGACAGUAUUUUGUUGUUCACAUGUGGAAUUAGAAUAUUUUGAGGUGUACUUUCUUUACGAAAAUAAUGGGGUCUUUGACAUUUCAGAUCACUCCAUUUCUACUCUGGAAAUUUUGGAAUCACACAGGACCUUCGUGUGGAUUUCACUUGGGGAAAAGACAUGUAGUUCUGUUUGUUUUUGUUGUUUUCAGCCUAUGGAAUGAUUUACUUUGGUCUGUCCUGUUCAAGUUCAGAUAUUUGAUGACAUCUGCGAAUUGUCCUUGUUAGAGCAAGUUGCCUGAUGAAUUUAACCCACUUCCAUUUCAGUGUAGGAUGGACAGUGGACAGACGGACACUGUGGGCUGCAUGUAACCAUGAUGGAAAGAACUCCCCUGCUGCACUUAACUGUUUCUCUUGCUACUUUUUGUUGUUUGUUUCUUUGUGUUGACUUUGUCCCUGGCAUAAUUUUCCAUUCUAAGUAAAACAAGUCUCCUAAGUGUCGCGUAUGUCUAAAGUGACAAACUAUUACCACUUCAUUUGGGGGAAAGAUGCAGUCUUCUAUCACACACUUUUCUAACAUGUCACAGACCCCUCGGCACGUUUGCUUGUGUAGGAGUCCUGCCAGCUGUCUACACUGUAGUAGUUUUCCCAUCCACAGUGAGGGCAGCUGCAGUGGGAAAAUCUGGGUUCUUUUUCCAAUUAUGUAAUAGGAAAUGUCCCUUGUCCUUUCAGAACGGAGUCCAAUAUUAAGGCUGGAGUCCAAUACUCUUACUGGAAAUGAGCAUGAGAGGAGGGAAGGAAGGAAAGGUGAGAGAAGUAGGAGGCCGUGUGCCCCCCCAGCCCUGCUCCUCAGAGCAGAACCACUUCCCCCUUUAGAGUGUUCUAAGAAGCAGGGGCGGAGUUGCCACGCAGGUAGACUCUAGAGGGCUUUGGCCUUACUGCAAAUCUUAAAUGUCUCACCAUACAUUAUUUAUUUAAAUGUAGUUAUUUUGAUAUUUAAUUUUUUUUUAAGAGAGGAAAAAAAACUUGUAUUUUCCUGGUGAAAUGAAAUGGCUCAGAACGGUAUAUUUAGGCAGUUUUAAAACGCUUACUAUUUACUUCAAGACCAAAUAUGAUAAAUCUGUUCUAAGUAUUGUGUGUCAAUCCACAGUAUGGAGCUAUCACAAUGUUACUGCAGAUGAUGCAUAUAUAAAUUAUGGAAUUACUGCACACUAGCUGGACUUAUACUCAGCCAUUCAAAUAAAAUGAAACCAUCAUGUGAAUGAGACCAUGUGUGUGACAGCCAAAUCUCACUGUACACUGAAGCACGAGGGUCAGAGCACCUCAGGGCAGCUGUCUGCAUCUCCCAGGCACUUUACAGAUACCUUGGAAUGUAUAUUUUUAGUUGUCUUCUCAGAAGGUUUGCAGUUUGCAAAUAAUUAAGAGUUGUGCUGUGUCCUGUAUGUGGGGUUGGAUUGCUCCACUGGGCUGCUCCAGACCUUGGUCACAGCCAGUGUGGCCUCCUGGCCAGGGGCUAUAAGCAGGUGAGUGAACAAGACUGCCCCUAGACAGGUUGGCUCAGGUGACAGCAGGUACACUGCACACCUGUCGGAGAUGUGUCCACAGCUCCGUCUUGUUGCCAUCCAGAAAACUUGGGUAGAUUCUCCCUGUGUAGACUUAGCCCAUCAGUUGUUAUUUCUAAGCCUAAAAUAGAUUUGAAGGGUCUGAAGAACUUUGUUGGAAUUUCAGAAAUGAAAUAUACCCAGUUCUCAAAUUUUAAAGCAGAGAAGAGUGUGUCUUUACUGGAAAGCAGCUGGCGUGUGCCCUCUUCAGUUGGCUCACUCCUUGGCAUACAAGAAUCUGAGUACUAGGGAGAGGGCAGGGGGAAAAAAAACAUGGAUUACCAAGUUCCAGCCACUUUUUAAAAAUGAGCCCUGAAUUCCCAUGAGCCUUCAAGCACACCCAAGGUCACUCAGCUCUUGGCCUGGUGCUUUAUCAGCAGACAUGCUGCACUGACUCCCAAGUGUCCACCGGCAGAUCCUAUAUAUCUUCUUUUUGUAAAGAAGUCUGCCUUGAUCUUUGCCAAACUUCUGAGGUCCCUGAAGGAAUAGAAACUUCAUUUCUGCAUCUCUGCACUGGACCAAACAUAAUACAGAGGGAAACUCACAUGAUCCAGAUGAUGGCUUGCCCAGAGAUUUCUGUGUGACCGUUAGCUGACUUUCCUCUCCUUGGAGGUGGCCUCUCGCUCUGCCUGUCCUCCUGGGCACCAAGAGCUGAGGGAGUCACUGUCAGAGGGUGUGGGGUUUCGAUGCCAGUGAUACAGGAGACAAGUGGUGAUCUUCAGGUCCCGACCUCCGCUAUUCUAGGAAGUACAGUUGAUGUGUGUGCAGAGAUUUGAAAUUUGGAAAAAGUACCACAUUCUUGAAAUUCAAUAAAAUAUUUUUAUCAAUUUUUAUUGAA